CCAACCAAGAAAGAUUCUAUAUGACGUGGCAAUACCAACAAGAUUCAAGAUCAAACCUUGGUCAGCAUUCAGCAUUCAGCAUUCAGCACUGCAGAGAAUAUCAUUCAUUUCACAUUCUAACUCCAAACGCUACUCUCCUCUCUCUAUCUUUCCAUUUUCACAACCACCCAUGGCUCAAGAAGGACACAAUGGGUCACCAGAACCUUCCUCAGUGACUCCCUAUGAAGAAGCAUUGGACGCCUUGUCAUCUUUGAUCACUAGACGCACUCGUGUCGGUGAUGUCAAUAUGGAGGAACGAUUCAACGUGCUGUAUAAGUACCUAAAGAUGCUUGAUUUGGAGGAGGCGAUUUCAAAUAUGAAGAUUAUCCAUGUUGCUGGCACCAAAGGGAAGGGAUCUACAUGCACUUUCACAGAAUCUAUAUUACGCAACUGGGGUUUUCGCACUGGACUUUUCACUUCUCCUCACCUAAUUGAUAUAAAGGAAAGGUUUCGUUUGGAUGGUGUGGAAAUCUGUGAAGAGAAAUUUUUAGCAUAUUUCUGGUGGUGUUAUCUUAGACUAAAGGAAAAAACUGAUGACAAUGUUCCAAUGCCUACCUUUUUUCACUUCCUUGCUUUACUUGCCUUCAAGAUAUUUGCAGCGGAGCAGGUGGAUGUUUCUAUAAUGGAGGUUGGAUUAGGUGGCAAAUACGAUGCAACAAAUUUGGUCCCAACACCUAUUGUGUGUGGUAUAACUUCACUUGGGUAUGAUCACAUGGAGAUUCUUGGGAAUACUCUUGGAGAAAUUGCUGGUGAGAAGGCUGGUAUCUUCAAGCAUCAAAUUCCAGCAUUUACAGUGCCUCAACCUGAUGAAGCAAUGAAUGUACUCAGAGAGAAGGCUUCUCAAUUAAAUGUGCCUCUUCAAGUGGUAACUCCAUUAGACCCCAAAUUACUAAAUGGUUUAAGACUAGGGCUUGAAGGUGAACACCAAUAUAUAAAUGCUGGUCUUGCUGUUGCAUUAUGCUCUACAUGGCUGAAAAUGAAUGAGCAUCCUGAAGACUUGCACUUAAAACAGAUACAACAUACUUUGCCAGAGCAUUUCAUACAAGGGUUAACAACUGCAAGUUUGCAAGGAAGGGCUCAGAUUGUUCCUGAUCAGUUCAUCAACAAUGAAAUAUCAAAUGAACUUGUCUUCUUUUUAGAUGGGGCUCACAGUCCUGAAAGCAUGGAAGCAUGUGCUAGGUGGUUUUCUCCUGCUAUUAAAGAUCAAGACCAGAUUUUGUUUCAUCAGAAACCUGAUAAUUCUAACUUCUCUAACCAAGUAGCGAAGAUACACCAUGAUGAAACUGUACAGAAGAAAUCUGCACAGAUUUUGCUUUUCAAUUGUAUGUCUGAGCGAGAUCCUCAGUUGCUUCUUCCUCCCUUGAUGAAAACAUGUGCUGAUAAUGGUGUCUACUUCAAGAAGGCACUUUUUGUACCUGGCUUAUCAGUUUAUCACAAAGUUGGAUCUCAUGCUUUAGCACCGGCAGCUUCUAAUGUUGACCUCUCGUGGCAGUUGAGUCUACAAAAAGUGUGGGAAAAUCUUAUGCAAGGGAACCAAGAAGGCAAGAGUAAUAAUGCUGCUUCUGAAGAAUUAAACAUGGAAAUAAGUACCAGCAAUUGUGAAUACAGUGCUGUGUUUUCGUCAUUGCCACUGGUUAUCAAAUGGCUUAGGGACACAGUGCAACAAAACCAGUCAACUCGCUUUCAGGUCCUUGUAACUGGUUCUUUACAUCUUGUUGGUGACGUGUUGAAAUUAAUCAAGAAGUGAUUCGUUGGAAGAUUAGCUUUCAUUCUGAUUUUUAAUGUACCACUAUUAUUCUUGAUUAUACCCCACGAGAUCUGUGUCAUUCAAAAUACAUUAGUGUUGUUACACUUGGUUCAAAAGUUUUGGACAGGAUUUUAUCAAUAUAAUAACCACAUCCUUGGUUGAUUUCAUGUA